AUGACGUAUUUGAUUUUCGUAUUGUUCUGCUCUGCUGUAAGCAAACGGCAGUGCUUCGCUUCGCCGUCGUCGUUGGUCGACCUGAGCAGGCGUGCAUUUUCGCCGCAGGUCCCACAUUCGGCACCAGACACCCCUCAGCUGUCUCCUGAACGGACGGAACACUUAGAUCUGUCACACAAUGACCUCCGGUCAUUGCCGUCUUCCCUUUUGGCUUCGUUCCGGAAUCUGAAAGCGCUGAGACAGCGGCCGCACACCAAGGCUCUCGCGGAUGUCUGUAUUCCUUAUCAUGGUGAGACGCGUAAGGCCAGCGAUUUGUCUCAGAAAGCUCAUUUCAGCCGCUUGUACCCGGGAUCGAAGCCUCUCAGUCAUGAUCACCGAGUCAUGGCCAUGGGUAAACAUGGGGAUGAAGAUCGACUUCCAAUAUCGAGAGCAUAG